CGUCAAGCUAGACAACAAAAAUAUGGUGAUAUGAAUUAUAAAUGCAUGAUCAUGUUCAAUAGCAGCUAAAGCAUCUGCAUCAAAUGAGAAAUGAUGAGGUUCACAAGCAAGAGAAGUAGGUGGUGCCGAGAAAAAUUUAGGUGAUUGUUCUUCAGUUUUAAAUGAUUCAAUUAUAUCAUGUGGUGUAGUCGUUACUGGACACAUUGGUUCAGUUUUGCAUUGAAAAUCAUCAUUUUGUAUUAAAGAUAUAUCACAAAUAGAUGAUUCAAAGUCGGUAAUUAAAUCGGAUGAUAAAGUCGAACAAAUUGGUAAUAUUCUAUUUAUUUCAUAUACGUGAUUUCAAAACAGGUAGAUAAAUCCUUAGUUGAGUGAAGAUCUGAAUAUUAUUCAUUAACAUUCUUUAUUCUAAAUAGUUUAUUUAAUUGAGAUAAAUUGAUUCUUAUUGAUAGUAACUUUGUCCUUAUUUGUAUAUUCUAUAUCAGUCAGUUAUAUUUCGCCGAAUGCUUAGAUAUCAACGCAAUAGUUGAAACAAUUUUUAGUUGAACAAAUUUAGUAAAAAUGUUUCCUUUCACUUCGUUAAGUCUAGUUCUAAAAAUGUUACUAUUGUUAUUUUUAUAUUUAGAUUUUGAGAAUUUUUUAACUGAUACAUCAAAUGAAGUACCAACACAAUUUACAUUACAUCGUCUAUUAAGUAAUUGUCAAGAUGAACUAAAUUUUGAAGAAUUAAUGGAUCUUAAUCAGCU